UCACUUUACCUUCUCACUUCUCCCUCACCUCUUCCUCAGGCAUCAGAAGCCUCAACAACAACACGCAUGAACAAGGGCCACGGCACAGUUGACGAAACCUACUGACAAACGAACGGUCACUUACAAGUUACACCCGAACUCAAUCAUCGAACUGAUCGAAGGCAAUUAGGCAAUCCUUGAACUAAAGAAAAUUAACUGACUUGGCACGAUGAGACGGUGGCUUUCUCCUUUUUGUAUUGAAUUGGUCUAUACCUUCUGAAGAUUGGUGAUCUAGCCCAUUUUUUAUUCUGCUUGAGACAGUUGGCCUCAUAAAUCUCGGCAUCCCUGAUGAAGGAGCUUUUGCAGCUGCUCCAAUAUUGUUUAUGAUUCACCAUCGCAACCUACUUCUGCUCUCGUACUUCCUGAUGAUCAAUAGUUCCCUAAGUUUGUUAUUACUAAAAGAAUACAGACAUCAAUUUCUAUUUAGGAUGAAGAUUUUCACAUCAGUUGAUGCAAUAAUGUUCUGAGGCGGAACUCUCAGCAAGCAAACUAACAAAGGUGAAUGCUUUUUGCCCUCGAUGCAAAAUUUAAAGAACAGACAGUCUCACACAAAUCCUCUUCUUUGGCACUGACAUGGGCAAGCAUUAGUGUCUUUGAAUCCUCACCUGAAGGUUUUGCUCUGGUACUAUCAGGGAUUUUUUGACGAUGAACAACAACGAUAAAGCAAAACAGUUGAAUGGUGAAACAGAAGAAGAUGAUGACGACGAAAUUGAUCAAGAAGAAGGGCUUGAUGCUUGGGAGAAAGCUUACGUGGACGACCGAUCUUGGGAGUCUCUCCAAGAGGACGAGUCUGGGCUUCUACGCCCCAUUGACAACGCCGUCAUUCAACAUGCCCAGUAUCGCCGCCGUCGCCUCCGCUCCCUUUCUUCCUUUUCUGCUGCUCGUAUCCAGAAGGGCCUCAUUCGAUUUCUCUACAUUAUUAUCGAUCUUUCCAGGGCAGCUUCAGCGACUGAUUUUCGACCAAGUCGAAUGGUAACUGUUGCAAGAAAUGUUGAGGCUUUCAUCAGGGAGUUCUUUGACCAGAAUCCAUUGAGUCAAAUUGGUUUGGUCACUAUUAAAGAUGGUGUUGCUCAUUCCUUGACAGAUCUUGGUGGCUCUCCCGAGUCCCAUGUCAAAGCCUUAAUGGGUAAGCUGGAAUGCUCAGGCGAUUCCUCCCUGCAGAAUGCCCUCGAUCUAGUUCAUGGAUAUCUCAAUCCAAUCCCUUCAUAUGGUCAUCGUGAAGUUCUGAUUUUAUAUUCAGCUCUCAGUACUUGUGAUCCUGGAGAUAUAAUGGAGACAAUCCAGCAAUGUAAGCAGUCUAAAUUAAGGUGUUCAGUUAUUGGCCUUGGUGCUGAAAUGUUCAUAUGCAAGCAUCUCUGCCAGGAAACAGGUGGAUCAUACUCUGUUGCAUUGGAUGAGUCCCAUCUGAAAGAGUUGAUCAUGGAGCAUGCACCUCCACCUCCCGCAAUUGCAGAAUUUGCAAUUGCUAAUUUGAUCAAGAUGGGUUUCCCACAAAGAGCAGCAGAGGGUUCUAUUUCUAUAUGCUCAUGCCAUAAGGAAGCUAAGGUUGGAGAGGGGUACAUUUGUCCAAGAUGCAAAGCACGUGUAUGUGAACUUCCGACUGAAUGUCGAAUUUGUGGGUUGACACUUGUUUCUUCACCUCAUUUGGCAAGGUCGUAUCAUCAUUUGUUUCCUAUAGCACCAUUUGAUGAAAUUUCUUCGUCACGACAAUUUGACCCAAAGCUAAAAGGACAGAGAAGUUGUUUUGGUUGCCAACAAAGCCUUCUCAAUCCUGGAAACAAACCUGGUCCUUGUGUCACUUGCCCGCAAUGCAAACAGUACUUUUGCCUCGAUUGUGACAUCUAUAUUCAUGAAAGCUUGCACAACUGCCCAGGCUGCGAGAGCUUCAAGCACAAAUAAGAACAACAAACAACAGCCAUGGACCUCCGUCGUGCUCUGCCUCCAUUCAGAUGUGGCUUGCCAUUGCCGUUCCUCCCAGCCAAGUUCCUCCCAGCUUAAUUUUAAUGGAUCAUGAUACAUUUACAACAAUGUUGGUCGAGAAGCUUUACCUGUUCGGAUCUCCCAAGAUGCAUUUUCCCAAACGUCUUUAUGCUGUUGGAAUAGAGAAAAUCGAAUCCUUUUUUCUAUUUCUUCUUUUAGAUGAGCUUUCAUAUUAUAUUGUUCCAUAUUCAUUAAAACUAACAAGUUACAGUGAAAUGAGAAUAUGCACUUUUCCAUCC